AAUAUUCCGGCAAAGUUCGAAUUCCGAUGGGACGGAGUCCGUGCUGCGACAAGACAGCUGGACUGAGGAAAGGGAAAUGGACAGCAGAGGAAGAUGAGAAGCUCAUUAAUUACAUCAGCAUCCAUGGCGACCAAGGCUCCUGGAGAUCCCUCCCCCAAAAUGCUGGUCUGCUCCGAUGUGGAAAGAGUUGUCGAUUGAGAUGGAUGAACUAUUUGAGAUCAGAUGUGAAGAGAGGCAACUUUACUCGUCACGAAGAAGAGACAAUCGUCAAGCUUCAUAAUUCACUCGGAAACAGGUGGUCCUUGAUCGCCAGUCACCUUCCGGGCCGUACGGACAAUGAAAUCAAGAAUUAUUGGAACUCUCAUCUCAGCCGCACGAUCUACAGGUUCAGAUCCCUACGCUUAGGAUCCAACCGUCGAGAUUCAGACACGCGUCCUGGGCCCCUACAGGGUCAUGUCUUGAAAGAGAAACCUACAACUGUGGAAAUGGACGGCCCGACCCGAACGGGCGAGAAAGCCGUAAUAAAUGCAACAAUCAAUUGUAAGGGAGCGGCUCCGCCGGAAAAUGACUUUCCGGCGGAGGCGACGGCGGCGUUGGGCGGAGAUGUGGAGGAGGAAUGGUGGCGUUAUGAAUGCGAUAGGUUUUUUGAGCAUUGGAAUUAUUAUUAUUAUUACAGCAAUGGCGGUUUUGAUGACAUUUCGGUUUGGUUUUAGCUUAGGGUGUGUUUGACUGGGGUUUGGAUUUUAA